UUCUGGAAACUACCACACUGAGCCCUCGCUAGUAGAACUCUCUGGAACCCUGAUUUCCCUUUAUACCCUCUUCUCUCACACCACCGUUUCCACUUGCUUCACACUUCUUCCAAUAUCAUCAUCACCGUAACCGUAACCGCUUUUCACGCUCUCUUUCCACAUUUCGUUAUUCGGAAACCAUGGACGAAGAUUUCGAUAUUCCGGCGGCGGGGAACGACGACUUCGACUUCGCCGGCGCCGACGGCGGCAAUCCGAUGUUCAAGGUCGGCGAUGAGAAGGAGAUUGGGAUUCAGGGCUUGAAGAAGAAACUCAUCAAGGAAGGUGAAGGUUGGGAUACCCCUGAUGCUGGUGAUGAAGUCCAUGUUCAUUAUACUGGAACAUUGCUUGAUGGCACCAAAUUUGAUUCCAGCAGAGAUAGGGGAACCCCUUUCAAUUUCACGCUUGGACAAGGGCAAGUUAUUAAGGGAUGGGAUGAAGGGAUUAAAACUAUGAAGAAAGGCGAAAAUGCUCUUUUCACAAUCCCAGCUGAACUAGCUUAUGGUGAAUCCGGUUCUCCUCCAACGAUUCCCCCCAAUGCGACUCUCCAAUUUGAUGUUGAGCUGCUGUCUUGGACUAGUGUGAAGGACAUAUGUAAGGAUGGAGGUAUUUUUAAGAAGAUACUAUCCGAGGGGGAGAAAUGGGAGAACCCCAAGGAUCCUGAUGAAGUUUUAGUUAAGUAUGAAGCGCGUCUUGAUGAUGGAACGCUUGUAUCAAAAUCGGAUGGAGUUGAGUUCACAGUCAAAGAAGCUCAUUUUUGUCCUGCAUUGUCAACGGCUGUUAAAACCAUGAAGAAGGGAGAAAAAGUGAUUUUGACAGUGAAGCCACAAUAUGGGUUUGGUGAGAAGGGGAAGCCGGCGCAUGGUGAUGAAGGUGCUAUUCCACCUAACGCAACAUUGCAGAUUACUCUUGAGUUAGUUUCUUGGAAGACUGUUACAGAUGUAACUGAUGACAAGAAGGUCGUUAAGAAGAUCCUCAAGGAAGGGGAAGGAUUUGAGCGUCCAAAUGAGGGGGCUGUUGUGAAAUUGAAACUGAUUGGGAAGCUUCAAGAUGGUACUGUCUUUUUGAAGAAGGGCCAUGAUGAUGAAGGGGAGCUGUUUGAAUUCAAAACAGAUGAGGAGCAAGUAAUUGAUGGGCUUGAUAGAGGUGUGGUGACUAUGAAGAAGGGUGAGGUAGCAUUGUUGACUGUUGCGCCUGAGUAUGCUUUUGGUUCAUCACAGUCCCAGCAGGAAUUGGCAGUGGUUCCUCCUAACUCCACCCUGUAUUAUGAGCUUGAGCUAGUGUCAUUUGAGAAGGAGAAGGAAUCUUGGGACAUGAACACUCCAGAGAAGAUAGAGGCUGCUGGUAAGAAGAAAGAAGAAGGGAAUGCAUUGUUUAAAGCUGGUAAAUAUGCAAGAGCUUCUAAAAGAUAUGAGAAGGCUAUCAAGUACAUUGAGUAUGAUACCGCCUUUAAUGAGGAGGAGAAGAAAAAUUCCAAGGCCUUGAAAAUUGCUUGCAAUUUGAACAAUGCAGCAUGCAAGUUGAAGUUGAAAGAUUAUAAACAAGCUGAGAAAUUAUGUACAAAGGUUCUGGAACUUGAGAGCACAAAUGUGAAGGCUCUCUAUAGAAGGGCGCAGGCAUAUAUCCAGUUGGCUGACUUGGAUUUAGCUGAAUUUGAUAUCAAGAAAGCUCUUGAGAUUGACCCUAACAACAGGGAUGUCAAGCUGGAGUAUAAGACUUUGAAGGAAAAGAUGAAGGAGUUCAAUAAAAAGGAAGCAAAAUUUUAUGGAAAUAUGUUCAGCAAAAUGAGCAAGCUAGACUCUCUCGACAGUAAUAAACCAGCUUCCAAGGAUGCCCAACCCAUGAGUAUCGACAGCACGGCAUAAUAAGCACAAGAGCUCCAUAUGAUCUGGAGUCUGCUUCAAUGUUUGUUUUUUGACAUUUGGAUUAUGAUGGAUUUAUGGCAUGUCAACAGGGAUAACUUUUAUUCAGUUGUUGAGAAUGGGGAAAAAUGUGUUGUCAAAUUUAAAUAUUAAUGGAUAGUGACAUUUUGCCAUUCUGGUUAUUGUGUUAAAGUGUGCUUUAGUGUCUUGUUUUGAUCUAAUCGUUUUGCUAUAUGAAGUUGGUUCUGCGUAUGAA